AUUUUCGUUCCACCAAUCGGCCAGCAUCUAACCAAAUCUCUGCAACCAAUGCUAACAAUCAAAAAUUGUGUGUUUGAUUGAUCAACUAGACUGUAACCAGAUGCUAGUUCAUAAAAUUCUGGUUGCUGGUAAAAUGUUGAAAGUUCAAUGUUUGGUAAAGCAACUUCGUAUGGAUACCAAGGAAACCAAAUGCUUGGGCAAAACAAAGAUCACAUAAAAGUCUAACAAUUUAUUGUAAUAUUUGUGUUUACAGUUUAAAUUGUAAACAAUUGUAAACUGGACUAAAUAAUUUACUUAUUUACUUGCCAGAAUGUUGUUAUCAAGAGUAAAAUCUUCAGUGUCAACAAAGUCAACGGGAAGCAAUCCUGGAAGUAGUGGAUCGGCCAAAAGUGUUAUACCAAGUCUAGAAGAUUUUCUCAAAAACCGAGAUUAUACUGGAGCUUUAGCGCUUCUUAAGUAUAACAAAUCUUCGGGAAAAGAUGGCCUUGAUAACGAUCUUUGGAUUGGUUAUUGUUACUUUCAUCUGGGUGAAUAUUCAGCUGCUCUGAGUCUUUAUGAAAAUCUGGUUAAAAAGUUACCUUCAAACGAGGAGUCAACAACAACCCAGAUUACCAGCAAUGAAAUUCAUUUGUACAUUGGUUGCUGUCAAUUCCUAUUGGGAAUGUAUUCAGAAUGCUCCAAGAGUCUAUCGUUGUCCUCACCAAUUGAUGGUAAUCAAUUGAGAACCCGAUUGGAAUUUCAUUUGGCUCAUAAAAAUGGCGAUGAAAAGACGCUUAUUCAUUUUCACCAGCAACUUCAGGAUGUCUUACAAGAUCAAUUGUGUCUUGCCUCAAUCCACUAUUUGCGUUCACAUUUUCAGGAAGCAAUUGAUAUUUAUAAAAAGAUACUUUUAGAUCAUAGAGAUUUUUUAGCUCUCAAUGUUUAUGUUGCUCUUUGCUACUACAAGCUUGAUUAUUAUGAUGUUUCACAAGAAGUUCUUGCAGUCUAUCUUCAACAUUACCCUGACUCUGUAACAGCGAUUAACCUGAAAGCUUGCAAUCACUAUCGUUUGUAUAAUGGUAAAGCUGCAGAGAACGAAUUGAGACAAUUGAUUGAUAAUUCAUCUCCAUCAUUUGCUUAUGCCAAAGACUUAAUCAGACAUAAUUUAGUUGUCUUCAGAAAUGGUGAAGGGGCAAUGCAAGUAUUGCCUGGACUUGUUGACACGAUCCCUGAAGCUCGUCUCAAUUUGGUUAUAAAACAUCUUAAACAAGAUGAUGUUCAAGAGGCUUUCAAUUUGAUUAAGGAUUUAGAGCCAACAGUGCCUCAUGAGUACAUUUUAAAAGGUGUUGUUAAUGCUGCUUAUGGACAAAGAAAGGGUUUACGCGAGUUUCUCAAAGUAGCUCAACAGUUUUUUCAACUUGUUGGUGGAUCAGCCUCAGAAUGUGAUACAAUUCCUGGUCGUCAAUGUAUGGCAUCAUGCUUUUUCUUGAUGAAACAAUUCGAUGAUGUUUUACUUUACUUGAGUUCAAUCAAAAGCUAUUUCUAUUCGGAUGACGCCUUCAAUUUCAACUUUGGUCAAGCUCAAGCUGCUACUGGAAAUUAUAGCGAAGCCGAGGAAGCUUUCUUAUCAAUCAAGAAUAUCAAAAUCAUAUCUGAUCCUAUUUAUAUUAGCUGGCUUAUCCGUUGUUACAUAAUGAAUAAAACACCAGAAAAAGCCUGGCAGCUCUAUGAAGUUAAUUCAUCUCGACCGGAUUCAUUCAAUCAUCUUAAUCUAAUUGCGAAUGAUUGUUACAAAAUGGGACAAUUUUUAUAUUCUGCUCGAGCUUUUGAUCAUUUAGAGAAAAGUGAUUCUAAUCCAGAAUUUUGGGAAGGAAAAAGAGGAGCUUGUGUUGGACUUUUUCAAUUGAUUGUUGCUGGCAAAGAACCAAGGGAAUUACUCUAUGAAGUAAUGAAGCUUCUUCGUAACUCAGAUAAUCCGCAAGUUGACCAAAUAUUACGAACUUUAAGGAAUUGGGACAAAGAAAAUAAAAGCUCUAUUUAACUUGACCAAUGGCUUUGAACUAAAAUCAGUUUUCAAUUCUUUAUUUUUAACCGUAACCAAUUACCGAUUUGAAUUUCGAGUAUUUAUUCUCAGAGUUCAGGGUUCAACACAGAGAAUUGUUAUAAAAUCGUUAUAAAUAACGUUCUGUUCCGCCGUUUUCACUGGAACCCCUUAAUAAACCUUACUUCAUCCAUUA